CAUGAAUAUCCUGCUGUGGAGCGGCCUCCUACUUCUGUGUACCGGAGUGAGUGUGUGGGCGUGUGACGAUCCUCUGAUGCUCACCCCGAUCCUGGAGGCCGGUGACGUGGACAAGGCACAGAACCUGAGCCGUGUGGUGAUGCCCGCCUUGUACAACGGCACCAGCCACGCCGGCUUCCUAACGGCCAACAAAACUUUGGGGAACCACCUGUUCUUCUGGUUCUUCCCGUCUAUGGAGCAACAGGACGCGCCUUUACUCGUCUGGCUCAACGGCGGACCGGGAGUAUCCUCCAUGUUAGGUUUAUUUUGGGAAAAUGGCCCGGUGGAAGUUGACGAAAGCAUAGCGACUUCAGGCUAUAUAAAAUCGAAACUUCGUGAAUUUUCCUGGGUGGGGCCGUUCUCGAUGCUGUACAUUGACAACCCAGUACAAGUGGGGUUUAGCUACACUGAGAGCGGGGAUGAGGGGCUGAGGUUGAAUCAGGAAGGCUAUUCAGAAGAUCUCUACUCAGUUAUGCUGCAGUUUUACAGCCUGUUUCCCGACUAUCAUAAUAGAGAACUGUACAUCGGAGGCCAGUCGUAUGCCGGGAAAUACGUGCCUGCCUUGGCUCAUAAAAUCCACGUCGGGAAUAGAGAUGGUAACACUCACUUACCGUUGGCAGGGAUUUAUCUCGGAGGCCCUUUUUUCGCCCCCGAGGAGGAAAAUUUGGCAUUCUAUGAUUUCGCUUUUGCAAUGGGCUUUGUUAGUCACGAGACUGUAGUAGAACGUAAGACAGAAAUUGUGAAAAUCUACGAGAAAGUGCGAGAAGGGAAACAUCUGAAUAUGACUAUGAUGGAUUUGAUGACCAUGUUUUGGUAUGACGUGGGUCUUGAAACUAACGAUAACUUCGUCACACAACAGAGUGCUAGUUACGGUUUGCUUGAUGCAGUGAUGCGACUGAAGGAGAUCCGCAAAGCCUUGCAUGUUGGCUCUCAGGACUAUGGGGCAUUUUCAUAUUCCAUCUAUUCAGCGUUUAGCGAGGAUUUGGUCGUGAGCACGAUACCGCAAAUGGCAGACCUCCUGGACAACUACAAAGUGCUGAUAUUCACUGGAGAUUACGACGUCAUCAUCAACUCGCCCAUGGUGGAAGCAGGACUCCAGGCCACUCCCUGGAGUCUGAGGGAAGAAUACCUGAACGCCACCAGGUCCAUCUGGAUGUCAAGCUCAUUGGACCUGAUCGGUUAUUUCUCCCUGACCGGUCAGUUUUGCCGGGUGGUUGUCCACGGUGCUGGACACCAGGUGCCACACGACCAGCCUCAAAGAGCUUUCCAGAUGAUAACUGACUUUGUACGACACGGCUGUAUACAG